AUGUCCAGUGAAGUACCCAAACCACGUGUUAAGAAAAUCGUGCUCUACGCUUGUCAAUUCGAGAUCAGCGCAAGGGCUGCCCGUGAACUCUUCAACCAGUAUCUUGAAAAUGAAAUCAAUUAUCUCGGCAUCCGAGGUUGGGCUCAAGAGAUCGAAGAUGGAUGUAUCAAGGGUCGGUUGGAGGGAGAGUUAUCCAAGAUUGAUAAGCUCAAGACUGUAUUAAGAAACUCGCCGCAAUUUGGUUCAAAAAUUAUUACCAACGUGUUCGGCGAAAUGAAACAAAUCAACAAAUAUACUAGCGAAAAAUUCGAAAUAAUGUGUUGA